CUUGCAAAUGAGUUCCCAUUUCUCUUACAAAUCAAUCGUACAAUGUUUUAUGUUAUAAAAAACGACUUUGCUAGGAUUAGUAUGACUAUUUUUUAGAAAAUGGUGAUCACUUGUUAUUUUUCCCGUAAUUCAUUUUUAAUAGUUUAGUUAUCUCAAAUCAAAAAUAUAGAUGUCAUAAUUAUUUAUAAUGAUUUUAGAAGCACCAAAAUCCUUUUUGACCAGAGUAAUCCCCUACCAAACAUUGCUAGCUUGUGACACAAGUGAAACCCUAACCUACCAAAUUCUUCUCGUUACAAUCUCUCCGAAAAAUUGCCAGUAAACUAUAGUCGUCAUCGUAGAUCGGUAUAGUAGAACAAAGAUUUGAAUCGACAAAAGGCCCUCUCAAGAUUGAAGGUCGUUGGUUCACUUUAAAGGAAGAUGAACGGCGGCCCAUCUGGUUUCAAUAAUGCUCCGAUCACUAGAACCUUUGUCAUUGCGUGUUGUGUGUUCACGAUCGUGUUUGGGAUCCAAGGUCGUUCAAACAAGCUCGGAUUGUCUUAUCAGGAUAUCUGGAAGAAGCUUCAGUUAUGGAAACUGAUUGUUUCAACUUUUACAUUUUCAUCUACACCAGAGCUCAUGUUUGGUGCUUAUCUUCUAUACUACUUUCGUGUGUUUGAGAGACAAAUUGGUUCUAACAAAUAUGCUGUGUUUGUCUCAUUCUCUAUAAUUGUGUCUUCACUGCUACAGCUUUUUGGCCAAGCAUUUCUUAAUGAUCCAACUUUGAGUGUGCUUACAUCUGGACCCUAUGGCCUUAUAUUCUCUUCCUUUGUUCCAUUCUAUUUUGACAUUCCUGUUUCAACACGGUUUCGUGUGAAUGCUCUAAGUUUCUCAGACAAAUCUUUCAUUUAUUUAGCUGGUCUUCAGCUUCUAUUAUCAUCUUGGAAAAGAUCCCUAGUUCCAGGUCUAUGUGGCAUCCUUGCUGGCACUUUAUAUCGGUUGAAUGUACUACGCAUCCGCAGGCUUAAGUUCCCAGAGUUGAUAGCCUCCUUUUUCUCAAGGCUUUCUUUGCCAUCUGUGGGGAGUGCAUCACCUGCUCCACCAUCUAGAAAUGGACCAUCCUUUGCAGCUCGUCAAGUUGAGGGUAAUUAUCGAAUUCAGCCAGACAAGCCCUUGUUCAUGCCAGAAACGACAUCAAUGCUGCUACAAAUAUUCUUCUUGAGUCACAAGUUCAUUAAUCACAUUCACAGAUAUUCUCUAUGCUCCAGUUUUGAGUUGAAGAUGAUAGGAUAAUCUGCUCUUCUAGAAGAACUCUGCAAACUUGUUUAUGGUGUUUUGUUCAAAGUUUAGUUUCGUUUUAUUUACUGUCAUGUUUUUUUUCUUUUUUACUAAUGAUAGAGAUGUGUAUACUCGUGAAACUAGAAUCAUGUAGGGUUAAUUAUCGGACACUAGAAAAUGCGUUUUGACAAAAAAAAAAUUUAUCAAUGGGACCAAAAAUUGUAAUAUUUUGUCCCUACUAGAAAGGUGGUUGCUUUAGAUCUCUUUGUUUGUGGAAAAGACGUGAAUGCUCGCUUUGAAAAUAGUCCUAAAAGAUUCUCUUGUGUCACAAAAGUUAAUGUUGAAUUGUGAGGUAUAUUGAUGUAUUUUGGUUUUGUUAUCAAUAUGGGUAUAGCUCGUCUAUAUCUUUUGUUCAUAAUAGCACAGAGAAUUUAUACUUGUUUUUACAGGUAAUACCGUUAACAUGAAAUGUUUAAACUGCUUAG